UAGCUGCUCAACGUCCCUCUCCUCCCCUCUGUCUCUCUCUCACACACACCAUUGUGAUUUGUGAGGAAAGAAAAGCCGCCUUCAUCUUCUUCUCCUCUCUUGCGUUUCAUUUUUUGUUUGCUGCGGUUUCAGGAACAGCAGACGAUCCCUCCCUAGGUCUUGUUUAUUAUUCAUCGUUUCUCUCCCCUCUCUGUGUCUCUCACACACACCACCGUCAGGAGAGAAUGUCAUCCUCCACACGAAGGAUUUUGGGAUUGGAGCAGAGAAAGAAGCAGAAGAAAACGAAGAAGAAGGAACCGGCAAUGAUUAAGGACGAGCGAUUUGCUUCGGCCCAGUCAGACCCUCGCUUCAUGGAAGCUCCCAAGAGGCAUUCCAAGGUCACAAUCGACUCUCGCUUCCAGCGCAUAUUUACCGACCGCAACUUCAUCUCCUCUCGUGCUCCCGUAGAUAAGCGUGGCAAACCCAAGCCUAACAACUCCUCCUCCUCUUCCUCUCUCGCUCAUUACUACCGCCUCCACCAAGAAGAUGUCCCAGAAUCAGAUGCCCAAAUUGCCAAACCAGCUCAAUCUAAAACUGAUAUUGAAAAAAUGAGGAAUCUUGAUGAGGAUGAAUUAGACGACGAAGAAGAUGAAGAUGACGAUGAUGGUGAUGACGGGCAGAGUGUGGACGAGUCUUCAUCCACCAGUACUACUGACUCAGGUGAUGACAAUUAUGUGGACCAAGAGGAUGAAGAAGAUAGCCUUAUGCCGCAGGAGGAUGUACCCGAAAUCGACAAAGAAACACGAAGGCUAGCUGUUGUCAAUCUCGACUGGAGUCAAGUCAGGGCUGUUGAUUUGUAUGUCUUGUUAACUUCAUUUCUCCCUAAAGGGGGUCAAAUUUUGUCUGUAUCUGUCUAUCCAUCCGAGUUUGGAAUCAAGCGCAUGGAAGAGGAGGCAGUCAGUGGGCCUGUUGGAUUAUUUGAUGAUGAGGAUAAGCAUGAUGAUAUGGAUGAUAUGGAUGAUGACGAUGAUGAUGAGAUUGACCAAAGUAAGCUACGCGCUUAUGAGAUUAGCAGGCUAAGGUAUUAUUAUGCUGUUGUAGAAUGUGAUUCAGUUGCAACAGCAGAUUAUCUCUAUAAAACUUGUGAUGGAGUAGAGUUUGAAAGAUCAGCGAAUAAGUUGGACUUGAGAUUUAUCCCAGAUUCAAUGGAGUUUAAGCAUAAGGCACGCGAUGUUGCCACUGAGGCACCGGCAGAUUAUGAAGGUUUAGAUUUUCAAACUCGAGCGCUGCAACAUAGCAACAUUCAUCUCACAUGGGAUGAAGAUGAACCACAACGCGCAAAGACCUUGAAGAGAAAACUUAAUGAUGAGCAGAUAGCUGAGUUGGAGUUAAAAGAGUAUUUGGCAUCUGAUGAGAGUGAAUCAGAUGAGGACAAGAACGAAGAUGAAGUGGAAGGGGAGUCUGAAAAGAAGUGCAAUAAGCGAGAUAAGUACCGUGCUCUAAUCCAGGCAGGGGACGGCUCAGAUGAAGACGAAGAAGAUGAUGAUGGGCGGCAGGACAUGGAGGUGACUUUUAGUUCUGGAUUAGAAGAGAUCAGCAAACGCAUUUCUGAAAAGAAGACGAAGAAAGCAGAAACAGUUUGGGAGGCUUACCUCAGAAAGAGAAAAGAGAAAAAGAAUGCUUCAAAGAAAGGGUCGAAAUACGUUUCAGAUGAUGAGAGUAGUGACGCUGAUGAAGAAGCUGCAGAAGAAGCAGAUGACUUUUUUGUGGAAGAUGAUGCUCCAGCUGAGGAAAAUAAGGGCAGUUGUGGGACAAGGAAGAGGGCGAAUGAAAACGAAGCAAGCAUAGCAGAACUGGAGCUGUUAACUGCUGACGAUACCAAUUUAAAGGGGUACAACAUAAAACCUAAGAAGCGCAAAGGGAAGAAGGGGAAAGAAGUUGUUGACGAGGGCAAGAUACCAACUGUGGAUAAUCAAGAUCCGCGGUUUGCAGCCUUGUUCACCUCACCGCUGUAUGCUCCGGACCCAACUGAUCCCCAGUAUAAAAGGAGUGCACCUUAUCAUCGGCAGAAGCAGAACAAGAAAAGGGACCGGUAGAAUGCUGAUUGAACUGUAUGAUCGUUUAGCUGAAUAUUGUUGUGAUUUUAUUAUACUACUAUAUUUUUAAUUUACUUGUUUGAUUCUAUGGAUUUAUAUAAAAAUUUUAGAUGAUCAA